GUGUUUCCGAACUCGCCCGCGGCGCACGCAGGCUUGGUGCCGUUCCAGGACUUUUUGCUUGGAACUCCCCAGAGAGUCUUCCACGACAUCGACGAGCUCGUCGAAGUUGUGCAAGCAAACCUGAAUGAGCGCAUGCAGGUUUACGUCUACAACGCCGACACGGAGUCCAUCAGAGAGACCAUCCUCGUGCCCAACAACUCCUGGGGCGGUGAUGGCUGCAUUGGCUGCGACAUAGGUACUGGCCUGCUUCAUCGAAUCCCAGCGCCGCGGCGGCCGCCCGGGGGUCCUGUCGCACCCACGCAUCUGCCGCAGACCCCUGUGCCACAGGCUCCACCUGCAGUGGCCAAUGUGCCGCCCGCACCGAUCUGCGUCCCGGCCCCUGCCGACUCGGGCAUCGCACCGGCUCCCGCAGGAAUCGCUGUGCCUCCCGCAGCAGUGCCCACUGGCGCGCCCUUAGCAGCCAGCACAGUGCCAGCUGUGGCAUCAGCUGUGCCGGGCAUCCCUUUGCCACCGGCCGCGCCCGCGGGAGCCCCGAGCCUUCCGGCGAUCCGGCCGGGAGGCGCUUGGGCGCCGCCUCCAGCGCAGGCCCUCCAGGUGCCAGGUGUCCCUGCAACUUCGCCUCCUCAGAACGGGCUGACACCCGAGGCCAUGGCUGCAUUGCAGGCGCAGAUACAGCAGAUGGGUCUCAGCAAUCCAGCCACCACUGGUGCUGAGGUAUUGUCACCGACCUCGGGAGCUCCGGAGAACCCGAAGGCACCUCCCAGCACGCCGAUGAGCGGCCUGGAAAUGCCAGCGAGUGUGGACCUCUCGGCAGCGUUGGAUCCCAGCAAGGCUCCAAGAUGA